CCUCCCAAAAGCCGCCCCCUUCCCAAAGAAAGAACCACACACGAGCAGGCACAACCAACCCGCCGCCGCCGCCGCCGCCUCCUCCUCCGAUCCCCCAAGGAGCCGUCGCGUCCCGGAAGGAGCAGCAGAUCCAUCCAUGGCGGCGCUGGGGUCCAAGCUGGCGCAGCUGCAGGCCAAGGCCUGCGAGGCGACGCGGUUCGCGGCCAGGCACGGCUGCGCCUACCACAAGACCCUCAUGGAGAAGAACAAGCAGUUCGUCGUGCAGCCGCCCACCGUCGAGAAGUGCCAGGAGCUCUCCAAGCAGCUCUUCUACACCCGCAUCGCCAGCAUCCCUGGCCGCUGCGAAGCAUUCUGGAAGGAGGUGGACCAAGUGAAGCAGCUGUGGAGAAACAGGAGCGAUCUGAACGUGGAGCACGCGGGCAUCGCUGCGCUGUUCGGCCUCGAGCUCUACGGAUGGUUCUGCGUCGGUGAGAUCGCCGGCAGGGGUUUCACCUUAACUGGCUACAGCGUCUGAGCGCCCUCCUUCCAUGAGUACCUUUCCGCGGCUGUCGAUUAAGAGCUGAAGACUCUGUUAGCCAAUCAGUUUCUCGUGAUGCGCGUUGCGAAGUUUUGGUUUUUCUGAAAUACUAUUCUUGAUGCUGGUGAAAAGGUACACACGGCUCGGUAAAUUCGACUCGUCGAUGAGGUCUAAUAAUUUGUCGCACACUUAGUUGAAUGAAGCCUGGACAGAUGAGAUGUCUGCAAUGUUUGCCUUGCUUGUAUCCUAAAAUCAGGGCAAAUUACGCCUCCAGAAGAAAUGAUCUCCCCAUUUCAUUGAA